UCCACAGGAUGAAAAAUUGUGAUCAUAUGUUUUACCCACUCUGAAUUCUGCGGGAUUUUAAAACUGUACCACAUAUAUAUCCAAGUAUAAUAAUAAUACAAGUAAAAAAAGCUUCAGUAGUUAAAGUCAUGGAAGUUCAAAUCUGUCGCGCUUGCCUGGGAACGUCACCUGUAAUGAUCAACAUAUUCGACAACGCUCCAGGACUAGGGAUCUCCAUCGCCGAUAUGAUCACUCAAUGCACUCCCUACGAGAUUUCUGAAGAAGAUUGCUAUCCCGAAAACAUCUGCGACUCUUGCCUGCACUGUGCUCGAGCCGCCUUCGAGAUACGCCAAACCAUAGAGACGAGCCACCAGAUCUACCUCCAGAUGAAAAAUACUAAAAAUCUACCAGUCAACGUAAAUCACGGUGUUGGCUUCAGCGAGAGAAAGAAAAAGCAUAAAUUCCUUAAGUCGUCUUCCCAUAAAAGUAUUCUUAAUGCACACGUUGGAGAGAAACCGCAUAAGUGUUCCCACUGCUCAAAGUCAUUUUCCGCGCCAAUUUAUCUGCAAAGGCACAUCCGAAUUCACACUGGAGAGCGACCAUACAAGUGUUCCCAUUGCUCAAAGUCAUUUUCCCAGAAAGGUAAUUUGACUGCACAUAACCGAAGUCACACUGAUGAGCGACCAUUUAAGUGUUCCCACUGCUCAAAGUCGUUUACCCAUAAAAGUACUCUCAACGAGCACAUCCGAACUCACACUGGAGAGCGACCAUACAAGUGUUCCCACUGCUCAAAGUCAUUUUCCCAGAGAAGUACUUUGACUGCACAUAACCGAAAUCACACUGGAGAGCGACCAUUCAAGUGUUCCCACUGCUCAAAGUCAUUUUCCCAGAGAGGUACUCUUAAUGUACAUAUCCGUAGUCACACUAAAGAGCGACCAUACAAGUGUUCUCACUGUUCAAAGUCGUUUUCCCAUAAAAGCUAUUUUAAUGUACAUAUGCGAACUCACACUGCAGAGCGACUGUACAAGUGUUACCACUGCUCAAAGACGUUUUCCCAGAGAAGUAAUCUCAAUACACACAUCAGGAAUUGUAUUGUAGAAAAAACAUACAAGUGUUCUCACUGCUCAAAAUCGUUUCUCGGGCAACUUAAUCUGCAGAGACACAUCCGAACUCACACGGGUGAGAGGCCGCAUAAGUGUUCCCACUGCUCAAAGUCAUUUUCCGCGCCAAUUCAUCUGCAAAGGCACAUCCGAUUUCACACUGGAGAGCGACCAUACAAGUGUUCCCAUUGCUCAAAAUCAUUUUCCCAGAGAAGUAAUUUGACUGCACAUAACCGAAUUCACACUGGAGAGCGACCAUUCAAGUGUUCCCACUGCUCAAAGUCGUUUACCCAGAGAAGUGGUUUGAUUGAACAUAACCGAAAUCACACUGGAGAGCGACCAUUCAAGUGUUCCCACUGCUCAAAGUCGUUUACCCAUAAAACUACUCUUAACGCACACAUCCGAACUCACACUGGAGAGCGACCAUACAAGUGUUCCCAUUGCUCAAAGUCAUUUUCCCAGAAAAGUAGUUUUACUGCACAUAACCGAAAUCACACUGGAGAGCGACCAUUCAAGUGUUCCCACUGCUCAAAGUCAUUUUCCCAGAGAGGUACUCUUAAUGUACAUAUCCGUAGUCAUACUAAAGAGCGACCAUACAAGUGUUCCCACUGUUCAAAGUCAUUUUCCCAGAAAAGUAAUUUGACUGCACAUAACCGAAAUCACACUGGAGAGCGACCAUUCAAGUGUUCCCACUGCUCAAAGUCGUUUACCCAUAAAACUACUCUUAACGCACACAUCCGAACUCACACUGGAGAGCGACCAUACAAGUGUUCCCACUGCUCAAAGUCAUUUUCCCAUAAAAAUACUCUUAAUUUUCAUAUUCGAACUCACAUUCAAUAGUUUGACUAUUUUUUUUCUCUGAAAAGGACCAAUCAAAAUUUUUUUCUUUCUUUAUAAAUAACUGGAUUGUUAACUAACAUAAAUGAUACCUGCA